AUGGCUUCCUCGGAAAAGACUGCGAUUGUAAGUGUGCAGGAUGAUGGAGAUAAGUUUCGUCCAAACUGGCAGCUCAAGUGUAUCUUUGGCGUGGUUGGGUUGCUGAACUUCGUGGCUGCUUUGGAUGCUACAUCUAUAUCAGUUUCACUUCCAAUUAUAUCCAAUGAUCUCGGUGGAACAGCCACGGAAGCCUUCUGGGCAGGAACGUCAUUCCUUCUGACAUCCUGCGUAUGCCAACCUCUUUUCUCUCUAUCAUCCGAUAUCUUUGGACGCAAGAUCGCGCUCUGGGUCGCUGUCCUGGCCUUCACAGCUGGCUCGAUCACCGCCGCUCUUUCUCGCGCAUUUGCUCAAAUGCUGGUCGGUCGAUCGAUCCAGGGUAUUGGCGGAGGUGGUAUCAUGGCUUUGACCGAGGUCCUGAUCGCAGACCUGAUCCCACUCAAGGAACGAGGCAAAUGGUUCAGCAUCCGCUCUGGGACUUGGGCUUUAGGAACAGUCAUCGGCCCUCUGAUGGGUGGAGGAUUUGCUGAAUCGUCUGCUUCCUGGCGGUGGAUCUUCUGGAUCAACCUGCCGUUCUGUGGUCUGGGACUAGUACUCGUUCCUAUUUUCCUCAGGCUAAAGAAGGAGCCUGCUUCGUUGCGCCAAAGUCUCGUUCAAGUCGACUAUGUGGGAUGUGUGUUGUUUGUCGCCUCACUGACUUCUUUCUUGAUCCCGUUAACAUGGGGAGGAGUCAUGUACUCAUGGAGUUCCUGGCACACAUUGGUACCACUGAUUCUCGGUAUCGCUGGUCUGAUUGCUUUCUCUCUUUAUGAGGCUCUGGUAGCUUCCCACCCUCUCAUCCCAAUCGUCAUUUUCAGCAACCGAACAGUCUCGGCGAAUUAUGCUGGCUGUUUCCUCCACGGCAUCAUACUGUGGUCCAUCGUCUAUUACUUACCUCUGUACUACGAAGGUGUCCUCGGCUACAGCCCAGUCAUCGCAGGUGUUGGCGUCUUCCCCGAGUGUCUCACAGUAGCCCCGAUCUCUGUGAUUGUUGGCAUCACAGCGGCGAAAACAGGCAGUUACCGAUGGGCCUUGUGGUCUGGAUGGCCUCUUUCCGCCCUGGGACUGGGAGUCCUGUACCUUCUCGACCCACAAACAAGCGUUGUGAAGUGGAUUUUCCUCAACCUAGUCCCAGGAGUCGGGUUGGGUAUCCUAUACCCCUCUGUGAUGCUAGCUGUACAGGCCGCCGCCAACCGUGAAUAUCUGUCCAUCUCGGUGACCAUGACCUCUUUCUUCCGAGUACUGGGUCAAGCCAUCGGCGUCGCUAUUGGCGGCGUUGUUUUCCAAAACCGCAUCAAGGCCGAGUUCCACAGUCAUCCCGAGCUAGGUCGCACGGCGGAGGCGUAUGCGCAGGAUGCGUCAAGCUUGGUUCAGUAUAUCAAGUCGCUACCUGUUCACUCAGAUGAACGACAUUUGAUCGAGAGCCUCUAUUCCAAGGCGCUGUCGAUUGUUUGGGCUGUAAUGUGUGGUGUUGCUGUGCUUGGGUUAUUGACUAGUCUCCUGAGCAAGGCUUAUACCAUGAACCAGGCUUUCAACUCCAAUCAGGGUCUCCAGUCUCCGAUGCCGGACACUGCUAAUGUUGAUGUCGAGGCAACUAUGCCUCAUCCUGAGUCCAGACCGGAUUCUCGUGUUUCUGAUGCCCCUACUGCCGUGGAGAUUCCCCGGGGGCUGAAAUCGUUUUAA